GGUUUUGGAACGGAUGUUGGAAGAUGUUAGCUGUGGAUACUGGGAUUGUAGAGGAGUGGUUAUCGGAGUUCAAGACGCUGCCAGAAGCAUCUAUCUCCAGCUAUGCUACAAACUUGAAAGACAAAACUGCUUUGAUUUCAUCUCUUUACAAAGUAAUUCAGGAGCCACAGAGUGAACUUCUGGAACCAGUUUGUCAUCAGCUGUUUGAGUUCUAUCGCAGUGGUGAGAAACAAUUGCUGCGAUUCACGUUGCAGUUUCUGCCGGAAUUGAUGUGGUGCUACCUUGCUGUCUCAGCCAGCAGAGAUCUGCAGAGCAGUGGGUGCAUAGAGGCUCUUCUUCUGGGAGUUUACAACUUGGAGAUAGUUGACAAAGAGGGACAUAGCAAAGUGCUGAGUUUCACAAUUCCAUCUUUGUCUAAACCUUCAGUCUAUCAUGAACCUUCCAGCAUCGGCUCCAUGGCUCUCACCGAAGGAGCUUUAUCACAGCAUGGUUUGUCCAGGGUUGUAUACAGUGGACCUCAUCCUCAGAGGGAGAUGUUAACAGCACAGAACAGGUUUGAAGUGCUGACUUUCCUUCUGCUCUGUUACAAUGCUGCCUUAAGCUACAUGCCUGCAGUUUCUCUUCAGUCGUUGUGUCAAAUUUGUUCAAGGUAAUUUCUGU